AUGGUACUCAAAUACACACCAUCCCAAAUGAGCUAUGGUGGAGAUCCUAGAUCUUCUGGUGCAUCUACACCAAUUUACGGUGGUCAAGGUCAAGGUUACGAUCCAACCCAAUUCAACAUGUCUUCAAAUUUGCCAUACCCAGCAUGGUCAGCUGAUCCACAAGCUCCAAUUAAAGUAGAACACAUUGAAGAUAUUUUCAUUGAUUUGACUAAUAAAUUUGGUUUCCAAAGAGAUUCUAUGAGAAAUAUGUUUGAUUACUUUAUGACUUUGUUAGAUUCUAGAUCUUCUCGUAUGUCUCCAGCCCAAGCUUUGUUGAGUUUACAUGCCGAUUACAUUGGUGGUGACAAUGCCAACUAUAGAAAAUGGUUCUUUGCUUCCCAACAAGAUUUGGAUGAUUCCUUGGGUUUUGCCAAUAUGACUUUGGGUAAACUUGGUAGAAAAGCCAGAAAGGCAUCCAAGAAAUCCAAGAAAGCCAGAAAAGCAGCCGAAGAACACGGUGAAGAUGUCGAUGCUCUUGCAAACGAAUUAGAAGGCGAUUACUCCUUAGAAGCUGCCGAAAUCAGAUGGAAGGCCAAGAUGAACUCUUUAACCCCAGAAGAAAGAGUCAGAGACAUUGCCCUUUAUUUAUUGUUGUGGGGUGAAGCCAAUCAAGUCCGUUUUACUCCAGAAUGUUUAUGUUACAUUUACAAAACUGCUAUGGAUUACUUGCAAUCACCAUUGUGCCAACAAAGACAAGAACCAGUUCCAGAAGGUGACUACUUGAACCGUGUUAUUACUCCAUUGUACAGAUUCAUCAGAUCCCAAGUUUAUGAAAUUUACGACGGUAGAUUUGUGAAACGUGAAAAAGAUCACAAUAAGGUUAUUGGUUAUGAUGACGUUAAUCAAUUGUUCUGGUACCCAGAAGGUAUUUCUAGAAUCAUGUUUGAAGACGGAACCAGAUUGGUUGAUAUUCCACAAGAAGAACGUUUCUUGAGAUUAGGUGAAGUUGAAUGGAAGAAUGUGUUCUUUAAAACCUAUAAAGAAAUUAGAACCUGGUUACAUUUCAUCACUAACUUUAAUAGAAUUUGGAUCAUCCAUGGUACUAUCUACUGGAUGUAUACUGCUUAUAACUCCCCAACCUUGUAUACUAAACAUUAUGUCCAAACCAGAAACCAACAACCACUUGCUUCUUCUAGAUGGGCUGCUUGUGCCAUUGGUGGUGUUUUUGCUUGUCUUGUUCAAAUCUUUGCUACCCUUUUCGAAUGGAUGUUUGUUCCAAGAGAAUGGGCCGGUGCUCAACAUUUGACUCGUCGUAUGAUGUUUUUGAUUUUGAUUUUCCUUGCCAACUUGGUUCCACCAGUUUAUACUUUCAAAGUCACUAAAUUGGUUUUGUAUUCCAAGUCUGCUUACGCUGUUUCCGUUGUCGGUUUCUUAAUUGCUAUUGCCACUUUAGUUUUCUUUGCUGUGAUGCCAUUGGGUGGUUGG